AUGAUAUCCCAAAAUGGAGUAAGAGCUAACCCCGACAAAGUAAAGGCCAUCAUGGACAUGGCUCCUCCUCGAAACAUAAAGGAAGUGCAGCGGCUAGCUGGUAGGAUAGCAGCCUUAAACAAGUUCCUAUCGAAGUCUGCAGUUCGGGGUUCCCCUUUCUUCAAAACCCUGAGAAGAGGCCCCCAGUUCGAAUGGACCUCUGAGUGCCAAAAAGCAUUCGACGAUCUGAAGGUCCACAUUGCCCAAUUGCAGGCCUUAAGCUCUCCCGAGCCGGGCCAGACCCUGUUCAUCUACCUGUCUGUGGGGGAAGAGGCAAUCAGUACGGUGUUAGUUAGAGAAGACAGCAAGGUCCAGAAACCCGUAUACUAUGUCAGCCGCGCCCUACAAGGGGCAAAUGUGAAGUAUACCAUAGUGGAGCGAUAUGUUUUGAUGCUAGUUCAUGUGGCUCGAAAACUCAGGUCAUACUUUCAAACUCACCCCAUCGUAGUGGUGACUGAUCAGCUCUUGAAGCAGAUCCUAUCCAAGCCUGAUGCAUCUGGAAGGAUGGUGAAAUGGGUUGUGGAGCUGUCUAAGUAUGACCUCGGUUACCAGCCCUGGACGGCCAUCAAGGCCCAAAGAAUUGCCGAGGUCACACACGUCAAGGAAGUAGUUGAAGCCGAGCAGACCAGAGAAGCAGUCAAGGGCGGACAGGCCGGAGAAGCUGCUAAGGUCGGGCAAGCCGAAGAAGCAGCCGAGGCCGAUCAGGCAAGAGAAUCUGCUGAAGUCACUCAUGCCCGGAGAGCAGCCAAAACCAAGCAGGCCAAAGAUGCAGCUGCAAGACGAACCGAUUCGACCUGGACACUGUAUGUUGACGGCGUGUCAAGCAAGGAAGGGUGUGGAGUCAGGCUCUUCCUGAUCAGCCCUACGGGGGAAGAACUGGCUUAUGCCUUGAGAUUUGACUUCAGAGCCUCCAACAACGAGUACGAAUAUGAGGCUCUGAUCGCGGGGAUGGAGAUGACCCGAAAAUUGGAGGCUGAAUCGAUAAAGGUCUACAGCGACUCACAGCUGAUAGUAAACCAAGUCUUACGGAAUUACGAAAUCAAAGAAGAGCCGUUGAAGAAGUACGCCGCCAAAGCGCACGAGUUGAGGAGUCAGUUCAAGCAGUUCACGCUUGAACAGGUUUCGCGGAACCGGAAUAAAAGACCUAACAUUCUGUCCAAAUUGGCCUCCACUUCAUUUUGCACGUUAAACAAAGAGAUAUUAGUGGAGGUCGUUAAAGGCCGAGCGUAUGAGCAGUUGGACAUGGCGGUCAUUCAAGUGAUGAGCUUAUGGAUGGAUCCCAUUGUUCAGUACUUAGCCAAUGGAGAACUUCCCUCAAACAAGAUAGAGGCUCGCAAGGUCCUCUUCAAAUCGCAGAGGUAUCUGCGAGAAUCACGUGGACUCGAGGGUCUUGGCCAAGAAGGGGAUGCUGUCCAGGUAUUAUUGGCCCACCAUCUUCAGAGAUUCGGCCUAACUGGUGGCAAGGUGCAGGUCAUGUCAGCUGCACGCGCCAGUUCAUCAUGUCCCGACUCAGGAGAUGGUCCCUCUUCAGAGCCUACGGCCAUUCUUUCAAUGGGGAAUUGA